GUACCAUUUAAAGUGAACAUACACUAUAAGAAGGAAAAGAUGAAGCAGCUGUGCCUCUAUAUUAUUUUAUUCUCAGGACUAGUGUGUGUAGGUGUGUGUAAACCGCGCGAGUAUAUUCUGAUCAAACAGCUGAAGACGUGGACUGACGCACAGUCUUACUGCAGAUUGAAUCACUAUGAUCUGGCCACCGUUCAGACUGAUGAAGAUCUGACAAAUCUGCGUCAGACAGCCAGCGAAGAUGGCAUGAUAUCAGCUGGCUGGAUCGGAUUCUACAAUGACAUCAACACCUGGAGAUGGUCUUAUCAGGACGAGAGCGUCAUUUAUAGCAACAGGUAUUCCCUAGGUUCAACAAUGAAGUGUGCAUCAAUAUAUCCCGAUGGAUACUGGUAUGAAGUCAACUGUGCAAACUCAUACGAAUUUAUGUGUUCUGAUGGUGAGUGA